AUGAUCUGCUGCGAUAAUCAGCCUUUUUCGAUCGUGGAAAAUAUGGGAUUCAAAAAUUUUGUGAAUACUUUGGCUCCCGGCACGAAGAUAAAAAGCCGAUAUUUCUAUUCAUCGAAAGGACUGGAUCUGUUGGUGGCGAAUUUGGAAGAACAAGUUAAAUUGGAUCUGAAAAAUGCCGAGGAAUUAUCUAUGACGUCAGACGGAUGGAGCUCCCAAGACAAAAAGCAUUCACUGCUUUCCUUGACAGCUCAUUGGAUUCACAAAGAAACAUUCCAGCCAUGUUUCGCAGUACUUGGAAGCAGAGCUAAUUACAAAAAUUUGGACAAAUUCAAUAUUGAUAAGAGCAGUGUUGUUUGUAUAACUCGCGAUGGGGCGACUACAAUGAGCUCUUUAUGCUCAAAUCUGAACAUGAAAAGCAUUCACUGCUAUGCUCAUCUUCUACAGCUGAGCGUGAAGGAUAUGCUCGAUUCCCGAAAAGAAUUGGAUGAAAUUGUGGAGAAAAUGAAGAAAAUUACUCGUAAAAUGGGCCGAUCGGGAAUUGCUCAGGAAGCGUUUAAGAGUAUAUUAAAUGAAGAAGGGUUGCCAUCGAGAAUGCUAAAAAAGUCGACAGAAGUUCGCUGGAGCAGCUUGUUGCUAAUUAUUCGAUCCUUCAUUCAGAAUAAGAAAGUGGUGGUUCUCCUAGGAGUUGAUUAUCCCGCAAUAGGAUUCCCAUUGUUUUCUACCAGUGAUUGGGAGCUGCUCGAAGCAGUUGAAAAAGUACUGUCUCCAAUUGCAGAAACGACAAAAAGCGCUCAACACCGUUACUUGGCAACGGCUAGUGUCAUUAUACCUUCUAUAUGCUUACUAAUGUCCGAAUUGGACGAGUUUAAGGAUUCAGAAGUUGAGCAUGUAUCGGAUUUGGCGGAAAAUUUGAAAAAAUCAAUACAACAUCGUUGUGGGAAAUACAAACUUGAUGAUAUGCUCCGAACCUCCACUUUCCUCGAUCCGAGGUUCAAAGAUAUGUUUUUUACGAGUUCGCAUAAGGAUUCAAUCAUUCGGCAACUUCUGAAAAAGGAUGGAAGUGUGUCUGAAACUUCUGGAAAAGUCGAUGAUGUUGUUCCUCAAGUCAAUGAGACUCUAUCGGCAUAUGAUAAGUACUUGUUGAAGCAUUCUCAAAAAACUCCAGAACCUUCACCCAUGAGUACUCAAGUGGAAGAAGAAGUAACUCGAUAUCUACGCUCUCCGCCUUCUAGAAACAUCAACCCAUACACCUUUUGGCAAAAUGGAAAUCUUUGGAAAUCUUUGGCCCGGCCCGGCCAUGCCCAGCCAGGCCCGCGGGCCGGGUCCUGA